UGCGGAUUCGUGAUGGUUCUUUAAUCAAUGCCGCCGAAAAGAUAAUGAGAUUGAAUUGUAGAACGUGGCGGUAAUGGCAAGCGUUUUACGCGGGUUUGUGUUGCCUACGCUGCUUUUGACAGCUGGUUUAUUAAACUGGAGUUUGAUAUCUUUCAUUAAUUUAGUGAUCUCUCUUCUCCUCCGGUAUACCUCCCAUAAAAGAGGAUUUUUAUUCAGAGAAAGGGUUCUAUCUUCAUGGAUUGUUUUCAUAUACUCAACAUUUGUGGUAAUUGUGCAAGUGAUCUUUCUUAUUGUAUGCACUACUCUGGAUUUACGACGGAGGAAUGCAGAUGCCUCAUGGAUAAAGAUAUUAGGACUUAUGAAGGUCCAAUCCUGGAGAUCACCCAAUGCUGUUUACUUCUUGUUUGUAGAAUUAUUAGUGGCAGUUGUUGCUCUCAUUGAGAUCCACAGGAACAAGUUCGGAUUAAUAGAAUUUCAAGGUUCCUUCUGGGGCUUCCAAGAUUCUUUCUGGGGACAUUUGUCAUCCAUUUCUAGAAAAAUAGGUUAUCGCCUCAGGUUUGCUUCCUGCUUAUUGCUUCCUGUUGUCCAGUUGGCAUUGGGGAUCAGCAAUCCUUCUUGGCUGUCGUUACCAUUUUUUAUUUGCAGCUGUAUUGGUCUUGUUGAUUGGUCACUAACGAGCAACUUUUUAGGUCUAUUCAGGUGGUGGAAGCUGCUUUGGGUGUAUGCUGGCUUUAGCAUUUGCCUACUUUAUGUGUAUCAGCUCCCUGUUGGGCUUCCGCAUAUGAUUCAAACAUUCUUUGGCUCAAUUGGUCUAUAUAAAGUAUCAGUUGAUUCUGACUGGCAAAAAAUUUGUUCCAGUACUUCUCUCAUGGUGUUUUAUUAUAUGCUUUCCUUUGUAAGGCGUGAUUUGGAAGAUAUGGAAUUCAUCAUGUCUUUAGGAGAAGACAGCUUAACUGAGCGACUUAUUCCCCCAAGAAGUACCAUUUUUGUUCAUCAGCUUAGGUCAGGUGUAAGGCACACAAACAUUUUAUUGAAGGGCCCAGUUUUCAGGCAUUUUAGUAUCAAUUGGUUUACUUAUGGUUUCCCGAUAUCCUUGUUCACUCUUUCAUAUUGGAGCUUCCAUUUUGCAAGUAUAUGUGCAUUUGGAUUACUUGCAUAUGUUGGAUAUGUUUUUUAUGCUUUUCCAUCCUUGUUCCAAUUGCAUCGGCUGAAUGGACUGCUGCUCGUCUUCAUUCUCUUGUGGGCCGUGAGCACAUACAUUUUCAAUGUGGUUUUGGGCUGCAUGAACUGGAAACUUGGGAAGGAUAUGGAGAUCUGGGAGAUGGUUGGAUUAUGGCACUAUCCUAUACCUGGGUUUUUCCUCCUAGCACAAUUCUGUCUUGGAAUUCUUGUAGCCCUUGGUAACCUUGUAAGCAAUUCAGUAUUUCUGUGUAUUUCAAGUGAGGAAAUGCAAGUCACUAGUGAGAAUGAAUCUGAGAAGGAGAAAGAAGAUGCUAAGGUCAUAGUGGUGGCUACUAUUGCUUGGGGGCUGCGCAAAUGUUCUCGGGCAAUCAUGCUGUUGUUAAUUUCUCUAAUUGCUUCAAAACCUGGCCUCUUUCAUGCUUCUUACAUGAUAUUCUUCUUUGCAUAUCUACUUAGCCAUAAAGUUGAAAAAAGGAUGCGCCAAUCCCUUGUUCUUCUGUGUGAGGUUCAUUUUGCCAUUUUGUACAUUCUUCAAUUUAAUCUGGUCACCAGAAAACUGGAAAGAAAGGAUUCUCUGACUUUUGGUGUGCUACAACAGUUAGGUCUCCUUAAAAGUGAUCAUUCUUGGGACUUCCAGGAAAUAGCUUUUCUGUUGUGUUUUUGUGCCAUUCAUAACCAUGGAUCUGAAAUGCUGUUCUCUUUUUCUUCAAUUGUUCAGCACACACCUUGCCCUCCAAUAGGGUUUAGCAUCCUAAGAGCUGGCUUAAACAAAUCUGUUCUGCUGUCCGUUUAUGCCACCUCCAACGUCAAUGACAAUUAUAUGAGUGGUUCGCAUGGUACUAUAAUCUUAUCCAAGGAGAGAAUGGUAUCACUAUAUCUCAAUGCAAUCGCAAGGAAGAUCUUGUCCACAUAUAGAUCAUUUGGAACCUAUAUCUCAUUUCUCACCAUUCUUAUUGCGGUGUAUCCAGUAAAGCCUAAUUACGUAUCACUUGGUUACAUUUUUUUUCUACUUUUCUGGCUCGUUGGAAGACAACUUAUUAAGAGGUCAAGACGAUGUCUUUGGUUUCCACUCAAAGCUUAUGCAAUUGCAGUUUUCGUUUUUAUAUAUAUCCUAAGUACUUUCCCCACUUUUAAGAUGUGGAUGUCUACAAAAGUUGACCUAUGCAUAUUAUCUGGUUAUGAUACUGAAGCUUCUGUGGUAGAAAAUAUUUGGGAGUCAUUGGCAGUUAUGAUUGUCAUGCAAAUAUAUAGCUAUGAAAGAAGACAGAGCGAACACUUGAAAUCUGAAGAUCCAAAUCCAUUGCAGCUGGGGAUAUUGGGGUUUGUUAAAAGGUUUUUGAUCUGGCACAGUCAAAAGAUUCUAUCUAUCACCCUGUUUUACGCAUCUUUAUCUCCGAUAAGUGCUUUUGGUUUCUUGUAUCUUCUUGGCCUGAUAUUUUGUUCGGCUUUUCCUAAAACCUCCAGAAUCCCAUCUGUACUAUUCUUAAUUUAUACUAGUUUUCUGGUAAUGCUUGAAUAUUUAUUUCAGAUGUGGGGUAGAGCGGCAAUGAUGUUUCCUGGGCAAAAGUACCAUGAUUUGUCUGUGAUACUGGGACUGCAGCUAUAUGGACCAACUUUUGUGGGUCUUGAAUCAGGCUUGAGGGCAAAAGUGCUUGUGAUAGUUGCAUGUACACUUCAGUACAGUGUGUUCCGCUGGUUGGAUCAAAUUCCUAGUUCUCUUUUGAACUUAGGUGGAUCACAGGAACCUUGUCCCUUAUUUAUUUCGGAAGAACAUAUCUCUAGAUUGGUUUCAAGUGCUGAUGGGUAUAAUAAGACUCUGUCUGAACCCCUUGAGCAGUCUGCGCAAAGGAUGGAUCAAGGCUAUUCACGGCCAUCUUUUAGGUCUCGCAUUUAUCAACUAUCUAAAAACUUAUCCUCUCACAUAAAUUAUCAUGAUGGUGGCAACCAAAAGCAGUCAUUCGAUGUAAUCUGGGGAACCACAAGGGGAAGUCACAAGUUGGAAAGAAAGAGAACUGUCGCCCUGCAACAGGAGAGAUUUGAAAUGCAGAAGAAAACGCUGAAAAUUUAUUUGAAGUUUUGGGUGGAAAACAUGUUCAACCUAUUUGGCCUUGAGAUCAACAUGAUGGCCCUGCUAGUAGCAAGUUUUGCUUUGUUAAAUGCCAUUUCCAUGCUUUAUGUUGCAUGUCUCGCUAUUUGCAUCAUGUUGCCACGUCCUACAAUUCGUAAAAUGUGGCCAAUACUAGUCUUUGUGUCUGCUGCCAUUCUUCUGUCAGAAUAUGUAGCGAUGUGGAAGAGUGUCAUGCCUGCGGAUCAGAAACUUCCAAUUGAGACCAACACACACUGCCAUGAAUGCUGGAGAAACUCAAAUAUAUAUUUCUACUACUGCAAAAAGUGUUGGUUGGGACUAAUAGUUGAUGAUUCCCGUAUGCUGAUCAGCUAUUAUGUGGUAUUCAUAUUCACAUGUUUCAAACUCCGAGCAGAUUAUGCAUGUAGUUUUUCAUGGUCAUUUACGUAUGACCAGAUGAUUUCUCAGUGCAAAGAUGAUUUUGUUUGGAGAGAUCUCUCAUUUGAAACCAAGAGCAUGUGGAGUUUUCUUGAUUAUUUGAGAGUCUAUUGCUACUGUCAUCUACUAGAUCUAGUACUUGCACUAAUUUUAAUAACAGGAACUAUGGAGUAUGACAUUCUACACCUUGGAUACUUGGGCUUUGCUCUUACAUUCUUUCGCUUGAGGCUUACCAUACUAAAAAAAAAGAAUGGGAUCUUCAAGUAUUUGCGUAUUUACAAUUUUGCUGUUAUUGUUCUCUCUUUGGGGUAUCAGUCUCCAUUUAUUGGUGAUGUUAAUGAGGGGAAGUGUGAAAAUACAAUUGAUUAUAUUUUUGCAGUGAUAGGAUUCUAUAAAUAUGAUUAUGGAUUUCGGAUUACCUCAAGAUCUGUUUUGGUAGAGAUCACAAUUUUUGUUUUGGUAUCCUGUCAAUCAUAUGUGUUUUCUUCCUCAGAGUUUGAUUAUGUAUAUCGAUACCUUGAGGCAGAACAAAUUGGAGCAAUUGUACGAGAGAAAGAGAAAAAGGCUGCUUGGAAGACUGAGCAGUUGCAGCAUCUUCGAAAAUCUGAGGAGAAAAAAUGCCAGCAUAACCAACAAGUUGAGAAGAUGAAAGCUGAGGUGCUCAACCUACAAAUUCAGCUCAGUCAUAUGAAUUCAAGUUCUGCCUGUGGCAUUGACUCACCAGCUAAUGUAUGCAUGAGAAGUGGUAGGCAUGCUUCCCUUAACAUGCAAGAAUUUGGGAAACUUGAGAAACAGGAUGCCUGUAUAAAUCCUGAUCCAGGUUUUGGUUUAAACGAAUCUCUAAAUCUCUCAAAACCAUAUCAUUCUUCCACGAGUGAAGGUGGCAAUGGUUUAUCAGCUAAUGAAAUCCUGAGAAGGAAGACUGAUGCUUCAGAUGGUAUGCAAUACUUAUGCAAUUUAGAGAAACAGGGUGGUAGUACUUCUCCUGACCCAGGUUUUGGAUCAUGUGUAUCUAGCAGUAGUAUUAGAGUAGAGCACCCAGUUAUGGCAGACUUUACGAAGCACUUGAUGGAUGCUUCUCAAGGUGAUGUUACUAAAAUUGAGGAGUAUGUAGAUGAUGAUAUUGGAGUAAACUCAUCUAACAAAUCAAAGAAAGUUAAAACUAGGUCCAGGGGAAGCCCUUUAUCUUCUGCUGUGCAAUUACUAGGUGAUGGAGUCUCCCAAGUACAGACAAUUGGAAACCUGGCAGUUAACAAUCUCGCAAACUUUUUGAAUAUUUCAUCGAAAGAUUCUGAUUUAAGUGAAACCUCAUCUCCUGAAGAUUCUGAUGACAGGGAAAGCCCAAAUGCCAUACAUGAAAAUUUGAUUCGAUCUUCCUCAGUGCACUCUGACAAGAAUAGAAUGUCUGAUUCUCCACGUUUGCAAAUUGGAUGCAUAGUACAUCACAUAUGGUCCAAAAUGCGGUCGAAUAAUGAUGUAGUGUGUUACUGCUGUUUUAUUCUCGUUUUCCUUUGGAACUUUAGUUUCCUCUCCAUGGGAUACUUGGCAGCUUUGUUCCUAUAUGCUCUCUGCGUGAAUACUGGGCCAAAUUAUGUCUUCUGGAUUAUUGUGCUUGUCUAUACAGAACUUUAUGUUCUGAGUCAAUACCUCUACCAGAUAAUGAUCCGGCAUUGUGGUUUCAGCAUCCAGUCAGACCUUCUGUUUGAGUUGGGGUUUCCAGUGAAUAGAAUACGUUCAUCUUUUGUUGUUGGUUUGCUACCUCUGUUUUUGGUUUAUUUAUUUACUCUCAUACAGUGUUCCAUAACUGCAAAAGAUGGAGAAUGGCUUUAUGGUGGUUUUCAUGAUGGAGAAGUGGGAUCAAUAAUUCCAAAAGGGGCUCACUUGGGUUUGAGCUGGAUCGAGAAACCAAAGAAGGCUAUUCAAUUAGUAGGAAAAAUGAUUGAAAUGGUAGCUCAUAGUUGUGGUAGAUAUUGGAAAUCACUGACACAAGAAGCAGAAUCUCCUCCAUACUUUGUUCAAUUGUCUAUGGAUGUCAAAGAAUGGCCUGAGCAUGGGAUUCAACCAGAGAGGAUUUGCUCUGGAAUCAAUCAGCUCCUCCAGCUUGUGCAUGAUGAGAACUGUAAGAAUGAGAAACCUAUUUGCUGUCCAUGUGCCAGUAGGAUUCAAAUUCAAAGCAUUGAAAGAAGUACAGAAAAUGCAGAUGUGGCUUUGGUUGUUUUUGAGGUGGUCUAUGCCUCUUCAACGACUGAAUGUAAAUCAUCUGAACAAUUUCUCUCACUUACUCCAGCAGCAGAUGUGGCAGAGGAGAUCCUUAGAGCAAAAUCCAUGGGCCUGGCUGAAAAAGUUGGGUUUCCAUACCAAAUAAUCUCAGUCAUUGGCGGUGGUGAAAGAGAAGUUGAUCUUUAUGCCUAUAUCUUUGGAGCUGAUUUGAUUGUUUUCUUUCUGGUUGCCAUAUUCUACCAAUCAGUGAUUAAAAAUAAUAGUGAAAUUCUGGAGUAUUAUCAGUUUGAGGAUCAAUUCCCAAAAGAGUUUGUAUUUAUUCUAAUGAUAAUAUUCUUCUUGAUUGUUGUUGAUCGCAUAAUAUAUUUAUGUUCAUUUGCUACUGGGAAGGUCAUCUUCUAUAUUUUCAACCUCUUUUUAUUCACUUAUGCUGUCAAUAAAUAUGCUGAAGGCAGGGACCCUUCCCAGCAGAAUGCUGCUGGAUUUGCCCUUCGCGCCAUAUAUCUUACUAAGGCAGUUUCUCUGGCAUUACAAGCAAUUCAAAUUCGGCACGGUGUUCCUCAUGAAAGCACCUUGUAUCGCCAGUUUCUCACCAGUGAAGUUUCUCAUGUUAAUUAUAUUGGGCACAGGUUGUAUCGUGCUUUGCCUUUUCUAUAUGAACUCCGUUGCGUCCUAGAUUGGUCUUGCACAACUACAUCACUGACUAUGUACGAUUGGCUGAAGCUGGAGGACAUAUAUGCUAGCUUGUACCUUGUUAAAUGUGACUACGUUCUGUACAGAGCAAGACAUAAACAAGGGGAGAAGCAACCAAAGAUGACUAAGUUUUGCAAUGGCAUUUGUUUGUUCUUAAUUUUAAUUUGUGUUAUUUGGGCUCCAAUGCUGAUGUACAGCAGUGGCAAUCCUACGAACAUAGCAAAUCCAAUUAAUGAUGCUAGUUUUCAGCUUGGCAUCAAGACCACUGGUGGAAGCUUGAUUUUGUACCAGACAACUCUUUGUGAAAGAAUUGCAUGGGAUCAACAAAAUGCAAAUGUUGAUCUUGAUCCCAAUCAUUAUUUGGACUUUUAUGAUGUGAGAGACAUUCAACUCAUCUGUUGCCAAGCUGAUGCGAGCAACCUUUGGAUUGUCCCUGAUGUGAUUCAGAGACACUUCCUAAGGUCUCUUAAUCGUGGCCCCAUGGACAUAAAAUUUUCUUGGGUGCUUAUGAGGGAUCGUCCAAAAGGCAAGGAAAUGGUGAAAUAUGAAAGAAGUGUUGAUGAAGAAGAUCUUCCAUUGCCUUCAGAGGUUGAAGGUGUUCUGAAUGGCUCCUUCAGAAGCUUUAGGAUUAAUAGUAUUUAUCCAAGAUUCUUUCGGGUUACUGGUUCUGGAGAAGUCAGACCUUUUGAGCAGGAGAUAAAUGAUGUAAGCGCGGAUCUCAUUUUACACCACGGUAGUCGUGAGUGGUGGUCGUUUAAUGAUAUCAGUUCAUUGGAUGCAUAUGGUUGUGGAGGCUUGUCAGGACCUACGGCCAUUAUCGUCUCAGAAGAGACACCUCAGGGAUUCCUCGGAGAGACUCUGAGCAAAUUCAGCAUCUGGGGUCUCUACAUCACAUUCGUACUCGCAGUUGGCCGAUUUAUCAGACUGCAAUGCUCUGACUUGCGGAUGAGAAUACCAUACGAAAAUCUCCCUUCAUGCGACAGGCUGCUAGCCAUCUGUGAGAACAUAUACACUGCAAGAGCAGAAGGAGAACUCAGAGUCGAAGAGGUUCUCUAUUGGAUGCUGGUGAAGAUUUACAGGUCGCCACAUAUGUUGCUCGAGUAUACAUGCCCCGACUAGUCUUUUGCCGAUGUACACAGUUGCUGUGAAUCAAGUAAUUCCCAUUACAAAGAUUGCACCCUACCAUCAGCCUUGAAGUUAGCCUCUUAACUUACUGCUGAUUUUCAUUUUUCGAUUUCUUCUGUCAUGCUUUAAAUGUUGUUAUGAAUAUGAUGAAUCCAUCUCUGGCCUACUGUAGAAAACUGAUGCAUAGUUGUGUUAUGUAUGUGUGUGUAUAUAUCAAGAAAAUGAAAAUGUUAGAAUUUAACCUUAAGCUGUCCUCUAUAUGUAAUUUUGUCUGUUUUUAUCAAUGGCAGAGAUUGAUUGAAUUGUUAAUAAAAAUGGCAUCUAGAAA